GAACAAAGAGAUCUCUUCAGCAAAAUCGUGGAUAAACAUUCCGUUCUUCCUUUUUAUUUAUUUUGGUCGUCUUAACGACUCAGUUGAAUUCGUAACCACAGGUAUGGCACCGCUGGUUGGAUAUGACAGCAGUGACGACGACGACGAAGUCCAGGACAGGGAGACUUUAGAACUGGAACAGACGACUCAAAUUUCCCCAGGCGACCAAGAUGAGGACCCGUCUCGGGCCGUAGAUGAGUCGAGGGAUGCUCAGGCCAAGACGUCCUCUCCAGCAUCACAACCGCAGCUGCUAUAGGACCAAGUCUCCCCCCAAUAGAUGACAUGGAAGGACCAGCCUACCUGGAGGAGAUGGAUGACGGGCCAGAAAAUGACCAAGGAGAACAGCCUGCCCCGCAAUCACCUUACACAACCAAUCGCGGUUUGAUUCACAACCUCACCUUACCGACGGUGCCUAAUCUAGAUAUUCCGCCUUCACCACCAGGCUCUCCUUCCGCAGCUUCAGCACAGGCAGCGCUGACCACCAAGUUGGACAAAUUCCUCGAGCUCAAGCGUAAAAAAGGAACACAUUUCAACGCCAAGAUAGCCGACUCUCAUGCCCUGAAGAACCCGCCCUUGAUGGAUAAGCUGCUUGGUUUCGUCGGCGUGGGGACUAGCUUCGAGGACAGUGCGGCUCAUGGCACAGAGCAGUACGCCACGACUCUGCCCAAGGAGCUAUGGGACCCAGCCUGCUUCCCAGAGUGGGCCUACCGAGGCCAGCUGAGAAAGGCCCAAGAGAGAGUACAGAAGGAGAGGGGCAGGGCGAGGGGGGAGGCGAUGCAGUUUGUCCCUGCGAAUCCCUAGGACGCAUUCUUGCAGAUAAAAGUUCUGCGCCUUGCUAUGCCUGGUGGACGCACUUGAGAGGGAAACCUUCCAUCCUUUGCAU